ACUUCUCCAAAACCACACCGACAAAAGCCCCCAACCAACCUUUUGCCCUUCUGCCCUUUUUAACCGCCACGACCGCCUCUUGACCCUAUCCCAAUCCCAAUGGAGUCCGUUGCCUCCAACUCGACGCCCCGGCCCGGCCGCCGCCAUCAUCCGCCGGGCGAGCUCCUCGGGCCGCCCCAGCCGACCGUGGACCGGAUCGUCCGGGCCGUCAGCCACCACCUCCUGCUCCUCCACCGCUCCGAGUCCACCUUCUUCGUCCUCGGCGCCACCGGCAACGUGUACACCGUGUCGCUGUCGUCCAGCCCCGCGUGCACGUGCCCCGACCGCGCGACCCCGUGCAAGCACAUACUGUUCGUCUUCAUCCGCGUGCUCGGGGUCUCCCUCGACGACUCCUGCCUGCAGCGGAGGACCCUCCGGCCGUGCCAGCUCCAGCGGCUGCUCGCCACGCCGUCCUCGCCCGACGCGAUGGCGGGGCCCAGCCUCCGGGAGAGGUUCCACCGGGACUUCUUCCGGGCGAGGGCGAGGCCCGACGGGGCCGGGUUGCCCGAGGAGGUCCACGUCGAGGACGGGGCGUCGUGCCCCAUCUGCCUGGACGAGCUGAAGGAGAGAGGGGGCCAGAGGGUGGUGGCGUGCGGGACGUGCCGGAACCCGGUGCACGAGGAGUGCCUGCUGAGGUGGAAGAGGAGCCGGGGGCGGCGGCCCGCGAUCUGCGUGAUCUGCCGGGGGAGGUGGAGGAGGGCGGAGCAGGAGAACGCCUACGUGAACUUGGGGGCUUACGUUAGCCAGGACGAUCAAGGGGAGAGCCAUCAAAGCAUCUGCGGUGCUUUGAGUCUUCAAUAGCGAUCUGCCAUUGAAGGAGGAAUGGCCGAAGGGAUCGAUGCAGCGGACAGAACAGAAGCGAUGUUAACCUGCGAACACAAUCGUAGGAUGUCGAUGAUUGGUGUGUACAUAUGCAAAUGUAUAGCCUAGCCUCAAGUUAGAUGUUCCCCAACUUAUUUUCUGCUGACCGAGUAACUUAACCGUUCAAAUUCAGGUUUCUGUUUUAUUUGAGAUUGUUUUCUUUUUCAUGGAACAAAAUGCUAGUGGAAGCAACCUAUUGCGCAACGU